AUGCAAACUGCCUCACAUAAAGCAGUCGCAGAUCCAGUGAUGUCUUUCCACCUUUGGUCUUGCACAGAUGAACUUGUCAACAUCUGCAUCAUCUGGAAGAAAAAGAUUCAGUAUAUUCUGUGCGUGUGGCCUAUGAUUGCAAGCUGGGGACCCUCUGAUGAAGCUUUGGUUCAAGCCGCUUAUAAUCAGGCGCAAUCGUCGUUUCGGGAUGAGGAUGAUGACAAGAGUCUGGAAGGAGAUAGAGAGGGUGAUUUUGAGAGUGACCUGGAGUAUGGCAAAAUUGAAGAUGAGGAACUGAUGGAUGCUAUUGAGGAGAUUGCAUUGGCUGAAUAUAGGUAUGGUCAGAAUAGGGAGUUUGUGGAUGACUUGGAUGACAUUGGUGAUGACUUCAUGCCUUAUUCCCCUAUAAAAUCAUUACACAAGCGGCGCAACAUUUAG